UGAUUUCGACAGAAAUUUCAACCUCAUCUGUGCUUGUGAAUAUUUGCCUCACGCAGACGACCAUUUUCUGGUUUUUCUUUUAUGGUGUUGGGAAUCGGAGCCCCGGCGAGUAAUUCGUAUUCUGCAGAGGAAAUUUACUCGAUCGGGUAAUCGUUUUGGGGAUCGACGGCAGUAUUUAGCGUUUCAGAUUUGGAAAAUUAAAAAUUAUUCUUGCAGUUAUUUGUCGUUGCAAUAAGAGCUAUCGAUCUUGCGUUUGCGGUGGGAGAAAUGUCGAAAUCGCCAUGGAAGAACAUCGGCGACUGGGCCGCCGAGGCGGAGCGGGAGGAGGCCGAGCAGCGGGAGGCAGAGGAGAGGGCUGCCGCGGCGCAGCCGGCGACAAGCUUCCCCAGCCUGAAGGAAGCGGCGAGCACCGCCGGAAAGCAGAAGAAAAAGACCAAAAUGACCCUACAGGAGUUCUCGAUGCAGACAUCUGGCCAUUCCGCCGCCGCCGAUUACAGCCGCGGCUUGACCCACGAGGAAAUGCUCCGCUUGCCGACGGGCCCCAAGGAGCGGUCCGCCGAUGAAAUGCAGUAUGGAAGAUUGGGAGGGGGGUUUUCCAAUUACGGGACACGCCCUGGAUCUGGAGGCCCAAAUCAGGGUCGGCCGCGGGAAUACGACGGCCGGAGAUCCUACGGAUUUCAGGACGAAGACCGCCGCGGCGGACCGCCGCAAUCUAGGGUUUCAGAAUUGAAUCAGCCCUCCCGGGCCGAUGGGGUUGAUAAUUGGGCUUCGAUGAAGAGACAGACUAUGCCUGAAUACAAUUCAGCUCAAGGCCGGCCGGGGCCGAGGUACGCCUCUCUCGGCGGCGGCGGAGGUGCUGCCGGAGUUGCCUCGCGUGCCGAUGAGGUUGACAAUUGGGCUUCUGCUAAGAAGCCUAUUACACAACCCCAACAACCUAGAUCUUCAAGUUUCGGGUCGGGCUUCUCUAGGCCCGAGCCUGAUCGUUGGACUAGGGGUGAACAGAGGUUAGUUUUGGAUCCUCCUAAGAGUGAGGGCGAUGGAGUAGUGAAAGUUAACAAGCCAAAUCCGUUCGGGGCGGCGCGGCCGAGGGAGGAUGUUCUGGCUGAGAAAGGGUUGGAUUGGAAGAAAUUGGAUUUGGAGAUUGAGGAGAAGAAGCAGUCUGUUAGUGGUGGAAGUAGGCCGCAAAGUUCGCAUUCGAGUAGGCCGGCAAGUUCACAUUCGCAGUCGGGCAAGUCUGAGGCUGUUGCAGCACCUGGAGCUGGAGAAGAUGAGGUGAAGCAAAAACCAAAGGUGAAUCCAUUCGGCAAUGCCAAGCCCAGAGAAGUUCUGCUCGAGGAGAAGGGCUUGGACUGGAAGAAGAUCGAUCUCGAGUUGGAACAUCGACGGGUUGAGAGGCCAGAGACUGAUGAAGAAAAAAAGUUGAAGGAAGAAAUCGAGGAACUGAAAAAGCAAUUGCAGGAAACUUCCGGCAACGACCAGACUGCCGUAGGCGACCUCAUACUUCAAAAGGAGCAGGAGCUGGAAACUUUGGUUCGAGAAUUGAACGACAAAGUGCGCUACAGCCAGAAACACGAGAGGCCGGGUUCUGGAGCCGGCAGAGUUGGCAGUUUUAACGAGAGGGUACCUUCUCGAUCUCCCUCCAUGACCGGGUCGUAUGAUGACCCUAGAUCCGGCUACCCCGAGCGGCCUCGUUCUCGACCCGGCAGGUAUGAGGAUCCAAGAGGGGUCUCCUCAGAGAGACCCCCGUCCCGCGGAGGUGGGGGGUAUGGAGACCCCCGAGCUGGAUAUGGUGACAGACCUCCUUCUCGUCCCGGAUCCUACGAAGAUCCUAGAGGCGGCUUCAAUCAGGGAUCUUAUCCGGAUUCUUCCAGAGGUGGCGACUACAAUGAGAGGCCUCGUUCGCGGGGUGGUGCAAAUUCGUGGGCGAGGGCUGGCGACGAGCGCAGAAAUGUUCAAAGUGGCGGCGGGAGAGGAUUCUUGGGCGGCAGAGAUGUGGACAGGUCUGGUUCGAGGUGGUGAGUUGGGUGCAGGUGUGUGGAUUCUUGGAGUCGUCGUCGUCGUCGUCUAUCUGACUAGUUUAGACCGCAAUAAUACAGUGGCUCCUCCUCCUAUUUGUUUUCGCCAAUCGUAAUUUUUGCUGCCGAGGAGGAAUAGAGCUAACGCUGAAGCGUAAGAAAGUUGGAAAAAACUGUUGCAUCGUUGAUUAUUGUAAAAAAUUCUCAUCGUGUUAGGAUGAUCUAUUUUGGUCUGUGUUUAUUGUGUCUGGUCUGGUCUGGUCUGGGAUUAGGUUUUGUUGGCUGGCGUUUUCGAUUCUUUUGAAGAAGGAACAAACUGCUGUCUCUCUUUGCAUUUUGGUGGCUAAUGCCUAAUUGUUAAGCUUAAAUUGUUA